AUGUCAACGCGACGCAAAGCAGCGAAUGGUCAACCUGCCCCACUGACCGCGACCAUGCCUUCGGGUACUAUUCGAACAACGCCCGCAGCGCGGUCGCCUUUCUUUCCCACCCGCCUCGAAGCGCUGCUCCUCGGUAUAUACCCCGCGACACUUGUGCUCGGCUCCGUCCUCAGCACCCUCACGCCCGCAUUUCGCAAUGCGCCCUAUUCGCCUGACCUCCAGUCGCAUGAUCCUGCAUUCGCUCCUACAUACUUUGCAAAAAAGAAGAACAUUUUCAAUGUUUGGUUCGUCAAGAAGGGCUGGGGCUGGGCGACUAUAGCCUUUGCCGUGUUCCUGUUAAUGUGGCCGGGUUUCGGAAAGGGCUUGACUACGAAGAGGAUACAAGCUACGUUGCGCUACAGCGUUAUCACCCUGUGGUGGUUCUUUGUCACUCAGUGGUUCUUCGGACCGCCUCUGGUCGACCGCGGCUUCCUCUUCACUGGUGGCCAGUGUGAAAAGCUACAAGAUCCAAGCGCGAUGGAGGGGAUGAGCGAUACGAGGGUAUACUUGACAGCGGCAGCUUGUAAAAGAGCAGGUCGCAAGUGGACAGGCGGACAUGACAUUUCUGGACACGUAUUUCUGCUCAUCAUCGGCUCGGCUCUUCUCUGGUUCGAGACACUACCCGCACUUACGAGGUUCGAGGGUCUCCGCGAUGGUCGCCGAAUUAUACUCGACGAUGGAAAGGUUGCGAGCGUGGCUGUGGAGAAGAGCCCUGAAUCUGAGAAUGAUGAGCCCACGAGGCAAGGCGUUCCGAUGCCGCUUGGUGUUGCAGUCUUCAUGUGGUGGAUGCUUUUGAUGACGGCGGCUUUCUUCCAUACUUGGUUCGAGAAGUUUACGGGACUUCUGGUUGCCUUUGCGGCGUUGUGGACCGUGUAUUUCUUGCCUCGAGGAGUACCCGCAGUCAGGGCUGUACUUGGAAUGCCCGGUGUAUGA